CCUGUAGUGUCUGUCUUCACGCGUCUAUCCUUCCUGUUUUGCUACUCGCGUUGAGGGAAACAUGUCUGGCACUGGGGGUGGGAAGCGCCCCUCAGGAGGGGAUAGUCCCCCUGGCCCUCCUGAAAAAAAGCUGAAAAAAGAGGAGAAGACUACUACCACUCUCAUAGAGCCCAUCCGCAUUGGAGGAGUUUCAUCCACGGAGGAGAUGGACAUGAAGGUCAUUCAAUUCAAGAACAAGAAGCUCUGUGAACGCCUUGAACAGAGACAGGCUUUGGAGGAUGAUUUGAGAGAGAAGAUUGAGAAGCUGGAGAAGAGGCAGGCCACUGAUGACACCACCCUGCUUAUCGUCAACCGCUGCUGGACUCAGCUUGAGGAAAAUAUUCAUGAACUGCUGCAGCGUGUGGAGCCUAAGGAUGCCCCGGCACCUACACAAACCCCUGCCACCCCACCUGUUCCUGCAGAUGUCCCUGUUUCUGCUGCAGCCACAUCACCAUCUCCUUUGCCAGCUCCAGUAGAAGGGGAGGAAAGCCUCCCCCAGCCUCCACCUUCAGCUGAGGAGGUGCAAGAACAACAACAGCAGCCAGUGCAAGACAAGGAGCAAGAGCAACAACAGCAGCUGACUGACACUGAGGUGAAGCCAUCUGCGGAGCCAGUGAAGGAUGGAAUUCCUGCCCCUCCACCCCCUCUCAGUGAGAGCGCAAAGGCUUUCCUGGACACUCUGGACAACAGUAGUGAAGAGGAACUCACUUUGCAGCUGCAGGACAGGAUGCAGUUCAGCAAGGGGGCUGUGGCCUGCAUGGUCUGCAUCUUUGACCGUCUGCACAGCAGCAUUGAGGAGCUGUGUACUCGAGUGGAAAUGGCUGUUUGUGAGGAUGACAGUCAGCGAGAGAUAAUUGCCACAAACCGCACACUUCUAGAGGAGAAUAAUCGACUGCAAGACCUCGCUUCCUCCCUUCAGGGGAGGCACCACAAAAUGUCAUUGGAGUAUAAUGAACUAGUUGACAAAGUCACAAGUUCUGAGACUAAAGUCUCUGAGAUGGAAACAGCUGUGGAGGACCUGCAGUGGGAUAUAGAGAAACUUCGUAAGAGAGAGCAGAAGUUGAAUAAGCACCUAGCAGAAGCUCUAGAACAGCUUAAUUCAGGUUACCAUGCUACUGGCAGUUCUGGUGGAUUACCAGGUGGUCAAAUCACACUCACCAUACAGAAGUUUGAGUCUCUGAAUGCAGAGCUGGAGCAGAACCAAGAGCUUGCCAACAGCCGCAUGGCAGAACUUGAGAAACUGCAGCAAGAGUUACAGGAAGCUGUUCGGGAGAGUGAAAAACUAAAGGUGGAUCUAAGGAAUAUACCAGAGGAAGUGUUGAAGGAGACGCCAGAGUACAAGUGCCUCCAAUCACAGUUUUCUCUCCUGUACAACGAGUCUCUGAGUGUGAAGACCCAGCUGGAUGAAGCCAGAGCCCUGCUGCUCACUGCCAAGAAUGCUCACCUGCGGCAGAUUGAGCACAUGGAGAGUGAUGAAUUGUCUCUUCAGAAGAAGUUGCGCACUGAGGUCAUCCAGUUAGAGGACACUCUGGCCCAGGUACGGAAGGAAUAUGAAAUGCUACGGAUCGAGUUUGAACAGAAUCUUGCAGCCAACGAGCAAGCAGGCCCAAUAAACAGAGAAAUGAGACACUUAAUCAGCAGUCUGCAGAACCAUAAUCACCAGCUCAAAGGGGAUGUGCAGAGAUAUAAGAGGAAACUACGUGAAACACAGAUGGAAAUCAACAAGUUGAAGUGCCAGAGUGGAGAUGCAGGUGCGCUGAUGUUGGAGGAAAGCAUGGGUGAUGGAGGACUGGAGGUUAAGAAAGAGGAAGAUGAAGACCAGGAGGAGGAAGAAAGGAGAAGAGAGCUGGAAAGGCAACGAGCUCGGGAGAGAGAGAGGGAGACCGAGAGAGAGAGGGAGAGAGAAAGAGAGCGGGAGAGACAGCGCAGUGAGGAGCUGAAGAGGAAGGACUCUGACACACUGAAGAUGCUCAGAGGAGAGCUCAAAAAAGCUCAGGAGUCCCAGAAGGAAAUGAAACUGCUGCUAGACAUGUACAAAUCAGCCCCAAAAGAGCAGCGGGACAAAGUGCAGCUCAUGGCAGCUGAGAAGAAGUCCAAAGCAGAGGUGGAGGAGUUGAGGCAGCGAGUGCGGGAACUGGAGGAGAGGGAAAGAAAGGAGAGCAAAAAGCUUGCAGAUGAAGAUGCUCUCCGUAAGAUCCGUGUGGCGGAAGAGACCAUCGAACACUUGCAGAAAAAACUGGCUGCUACUAAACAGGAGGAAGAGGCUCUGCUGAGUGAAAUGGAUGUGACGGGACAGGCGUUUGAAGACAUGCAGGAACAGAACAGCAGGCUCAUGCAGCAGCUUCGAGAGAAAGACGAUGCCAAUUUCAAACUAAUGAGUGAGAGAAUCAAAUCCAACCAGAUUUACAAGCUUCUGCGGGAAGAGAAAGAGGAGCUGGCGGAUCAGGUGCUCACUUUCAAAACCCAGGUGGAUGCACAGCUGCUGGUAGUGCAAAAACUGGAAGAGAAGGAAGGUGUCUUGCAGAGCACACUGGCCGCUCUGGAGAAAGAGCUGACACUGCGCACUCAAGCACUAGAACUCAACAAGCGCAAGGCGGUGGAGGCAGCCCAGUUGGCAGAGGACCUUAAAGUGCAGCACGAGCACACUCAGACCAAGCUGAGGGAAAUCCAAGCCUCGGUACUGGACAACCGCACAGCCCGUGAGAGGGAGAGUGUCAACCUCAAGAAAGCACAGGAGGAAUUGUCCAGACUGCGCCGUAAGCUGGAAAAACAGAAGAAAGUGGAGGUGUAUACAGAUGCUGAUGAGAUUCUUCAAGAAGAAAUUAAUCAGUAUAAGGCUAAAUUACGUUGUCCCUGUUGUAAUACCCGGGAUAAGGAGACUGUCCUCACCAAGUGUUUCCAUGUAUUCUGCUAUGAAUGCUUGAAGACACGUUACGACACUCGCCAGAGGAAGUGCCCUAAAUGCAAUGCUGCAUUCGGAGCAAAUGACUUCCACCGCAUCUACAUCACCUAAUGUUGUGUGGACAGUUUGAUGGACUGAAAACGUAGAUGCGGAAAGAAGGGAUGAGAGUGGACUCAAGAACAUGGCUACCAUGCUGUGGCGUUUUAACAUACUCUAAAGGGCCACUUACACUCUCAUCUGUAAUAGGUGGCACUAGUGACCAAACAGACAGUGACAGAGUGGAAACAGUUGUGAUGAAGUAAUGAAGUAGUCAUGGUCUAUAGCACACGAGCAGUGCUCCUUCGUUGCAGAAGAAUUAAUUGAGUUUUGUCUCCCUUUUCCUGUGUUCUUUAAAGUGCUACAACUUAGUUUUUUGUUUUUUAUUUAAAUUUUUCUGGAGAUGUUCUUCAAACACCAUAAAAUGAGUAAAGACUUGGAUCUGCUCAGUUUUCUCUGUCAUAAAUGUAAGAACUCCACAUAACAUGACACAGACAUUUGAAUUAGUUCACAGAAACUGUUUUGUUUUGACAAUUCUAUGCUCAGAGCAAGUUUCAUCUGUGUUACUGAACCCCUUUAAAGGGAUAGUUCACCCAACAAUUCAAAUUCUCAUCAUUUACUCACUUUCAUCCUAUCCCAGAUGUGUGACUUACAUUCUUCUGCUGAACACAAAGAUUUUAAGAAGAAUAUUUCAGCUCUGUAGGUCCAUACAUUGCAAGGGAAUGGUGACCAGACCUUUGAAGCUCCAAAAAUCACAUAAAUCAGCAUAAAAGUAAUCCAUAACACUCAGUGGUUAAAUCUAUGUCUUCAGAAGCAAUAUAAUAGUGUGGGUGAGAAACAGAUAAAUAUUAAGUCAUUUUUCCCUAUAAAUCUCCACUUUUGCUUUCACAUUCUGAAAGUGAAAGUGGAGAUUUAUAAUAAAAAAGGAUUGAAAUAUUGAUCUGUUUCUCACCCAAAGUGACUGCAUUGCUUCAGAAGACAUAUAUUAAACAACUGGAGUCAUUUGGAUUUAUUUUGUGCUGCCUUUAUGGGAUUUUUGGAGCUUCAAAAUGUUGGUCACCAUUCACUUGCAUUGUAUAGAUUAACAGAGCUGAAAUAUUCUUCUAAAAGUCUUCAUAUGUGUUCAGCAGGAGAAAGUCACACAUCUGGGAUGGCAUGAGGGUGAGUAAAUGAGAGAAUUUUCAUUUUUUUGGGGUGAACUAUCCCUUUAAGUUACUAAUGAACAGAUGUGAAUGGGUACAGGGUGGGAGAGCUGCUGAGAAGCAUAGAUGGUGGUGCAAUGAUCUUUAAAGAAGAAGAAAAAAACAGGAUAAACUCUGGAGUUCAAAGUCAUGUUGCUGUUUUUAAAUUACAGAAAUGUUCAAAAAAUGUAUGUAAAAGAUAAAUGGUCUUGCCUAAGUUAACUGUUGACACGUUCCAUAGACGUGAGGACAACAUAGAUCACCAAGAAUACUAGUUGAGUACCUAUAGCACAGUUUUCUUAAAACAAUAACAAAUCUGAUACAUGCAUUUUCAUGAACUCAGCCUAGAAAUGGAUUCCUUGUUAAAAUUGUGUAGUGUUUGUUAUCAAGAUUUUGCAUUGAAUAUUGAUUUGACUUGUGAUGUUGUACUAAAUGCAAAAGGAUUACUCAAAUUCACAACUGAUAUAUUAGUCCAAAUGCUGUCUGCCAAUACAAUCUCAAGAAACUCCA